AGUCGUGAAAAUUUAUUAUUUUUAGCGAUCUAUCUGAUAACGAUAGUCGUUAUCUCUUUGUAGGAAUUUUUCGAAUUGGCUCACUUCGAGAGAAUGAAAGAUCUGCUGAAGUAUCGGGGCUUCUGGAACUGUAGGGUCUGAGAACGUGCAAGGUCAGGAUGAAUGGAUACCCGGAAUAGAGCAUCGAUUCGUGCUAGAAUCAAGCAGUAGGGAGCGCAGACUACGUAGGGAAUUGCACGCGUGCGCGUUAUUAAAGCGGAAGACUUGAAUGUUGGUAACCACGUGGUCAUUUGUUCGCUGCAUUAAAUCUGACUUUUAUCAUUGGUACACGAUUAUCCUGUUGUCAUCUGAAUGUUUAUUCGCGAGGUACUCUUUUCAAUUAUGGCGUAUACUUAACUUUCAUUAUUUGAAAUUAUCACAAUUUUUUAUUAAAUUUACCGAUCACGUUGUGGCGUAUAAAAAGAAGGAAGAAUUCACUGAAGUAAGAAAAUCUUUCCUAGGAAAAAUAUUUCCUACGUAACGUAUCUUUCGAACAUUUCGAAAAUUUCACGAUUUUCGACAAAAAAAAGGGUAAUCGUAGUAAUGUUCCAUGGAAAAACAUUGUCCCUGGAAAUUUCAUCUAUUUUCAUCAUCUGGUGACUGAGAUAUUCCGAAAAAAAUUGCUACUUCAACGAGUAAAAUAUAUCUAUAUAGUGCAUUUUUGGUUACUUCAAUUUCGUAUAUCGCGUAAACUAGACUAGUAAAUAAUUUUCAAAUUUAGCAUACACAACCAUUCAGUACCUAUCGAUAACAUAUACAAAAUUCAGAAUCCGUAUUCUGGUGAUGCUCAAAGCGAUCGAACCACCUUCAAGAAUUUCCAUAAAAAGCGCGAAAUCAAAAAUCAAAAACUGUCGACAGUUUUUGCAAGAACUAAAAACGUCAAAGAUAAAUUACAACGCGAAGGAAUUACAAAGUAAAUACUUAAACAAUUUCAUCGACAAUGGUGUCCAAAUACAUGCCUGUUCGAGGAAACAACGUAGUCCUCUACCUGAUAGUGUUGGCAGCCUGUAUAAAUAUACUGGGAAUGGGAACGACGCUCGGAUGGGCGAUGUCAGCAAUUCCCAAACUGCUGGCAGAUGAUUUUCCAAUUAAAGUGACAAAAGGUGAAGCUGCAUGGGCUGCCAGUUGUGUUUUCAUUGGUUCGAUGUUGGGCACUAUUGCUGCCACGUUGUUCAUAUCUAAAUUUGGCUGCAAGAGAAUUAUCCUUAUCACCAUCAUUCCCAGUGUCAUAGGAUGGCUGAUGAUAGGAUUCGCUUCGACAAUUUGGGAGGUCUAUAUUGGACGUGUACUGGUCGGUUAUCUGGCUGGCAGUGCCUUCUUAUCAACGGAAAUGUAUAUAUCUGAAAUAUCCACGUCGGCCAUUCGCGGAUUCCUAUGUGGCUUCUGCAGCAUCUUCGUAAAUCUCGGUUUCCUUCUGGCCUUCGGGAUUGGACCAUACCUAACGUUCAAACAGUCUGCAUUUCUCAGUUUGAUUCUGCCUAUCCUCUUUGGAUUCGGUUUCAUAUGUGCGCCUGAGUCUCCCUAUUGGUACGCAGGCAAAGAUCGUUUUUCUGACGCGAGACGCACUUUGGUCCAGCUCCGAAGAACGGAGGACGUCAACGACGAAUUGGCGAACAUAAAGUACCUGGUGCAAAAGGCUAACCCAGCUAAAGUCGAUUUGAAUUCGUGGUCGACUUUCAAAUCGAUUUUCGCUAAACGCGUCAACAGGUGGUCCUUGUUCAUCGCUUUCAUAAUGCAACUGUCACAACAAUUGUCUGGCAUUCAGGCAGUGAACGCUUAUGCUCAGUUGAUAUUCAAGGAUAGGGAUUCAUUGGUUUCCGGUGAAACCGUUGGUCUUCUUCUGGGCUGCGUUCAGUUAUUCUGCGCCGUAGCAGCCGCCGGUAUCGUCGACAGGAUCGGUAGAAGACCCAUGGUACUCGGGUCUGCCGUUGGGUCUGCAACGUGUCUGGCAGCUAUGGGUCUCUAUUUCCAUGUUCAAUCCACCGGUACCGAUCUCGAGCACAUCAAGCUGUUUCCGGUGAUCGGUAUUCUGCUCUACGCGACGUUCUUCGGUCUUGGACUCUCACCGAUCAGCACGAUAAUCACUGUGGAUUGUGUUCCUGUAGAAAUUCGUCAUUUAGCUAUCCUACUAGUCAAUUUCACGUACUCCUUGUCCGGGAUUAUGGUCACCGUUUUGUGGCAGGUCGUUACCGAUUCCAUUGGUGUCCAAUACGCGUUUGCAAUAUUCGCCUUUGCCACGUUUGCAAACGCCAUCGUCAUCCACUUCAGUAUACCGGAAACGAAGGGGAAGACCUUGGCCGAGGUACAAAGCAUGCUAGAGAAAAGUAAAAAUCUGAAUGGAGGUUGCGUGCCGAAGGAGAUGGAAGCAAGGCGUCUCCAAAAUGACGCCACUUUAGAUCCCUGCAUAACGACCAAGUCAGUUAAUGAAAAUCCCAUGAUAAUUGUUACCAAUAAGAAACAAUAUGUAUGGAGAUACGUAACAUUAUCUAUAUGAGGUUAAUUCAAUAAUAACCCAUAGCAUUAUUAAAAUUUGAUGCUCGUGGUCGAUUCCUGCGAUUUACACAAAGUAACACUUAAAAAACCACGUGACGUAUUUUUAUUUAAUUACCCUUUAAAAAUUAUCAUAAACGUUAUAACGCAAACGCAUCACGUUAAAUUAAACUAUUUGAUUUUUAUGGCAGAAUCAAAUUCAGUUGGUACGAUUAUUCUGUAUAACCUUAUAUAGAUUUAUCCAAAACUAUUACACCAACUGAAAUUGGGUGCACUGACUGACUUCAGUGUGAUAUUGUAGUCUGAAUAACCAGGUACACCUCUUUUUUUAUAUUGUUCAUCUAUUUGAUUUAGACUUUACAAUCAGUUGAGUUCAAGUUCUAGAAACCCUAUAGUGGGAUUAGUCGGAAUAACCCUAUAAACCUAUAGAGCCUUUCAGAAAUAUUGGACCAACUGAAGGUUGUCACUUCAUUUGAUUGCAUCUGUGCUGAAUGACCCAGUAGACAACUUAUAAUUCACCUAUGUUAAAUAUCGCGAAGUUGUAACAGCAUGGAUUAAUAUUUUUAAUUUAUAUUUCAAAACUACUAGGUAUUUUUCAUGAGGUAGCGGAACUUCAAUAAGGUCUAGUCGCAAAACGGCAUUCUUCUUCUUUUCUUAUAAAAUCCUAAUAAACGGUGUUGGGUGCCAGGUAUCCUCUAGCGGGAUACCGCGAGUGGGUGGCACUUUCUUUUACUUUGGUUCUAGGUCCCGGAUAGUCAGCCAAAAGAAAUCAAUCCUAAUCGAUACGCAAUUCACUAAACCUAACUGGAAGACACUAUCAAGCAAAAAUCCUGUUUCUCAACUUAGCCUGCUUGAUACUCGGACGCAAACACUGUCAGGUCAGGUAGCGUCCUGUACCAACUGAAUCAAAAUCCGAAUGAGGCAUAAAUUCCAAAAAUUGUAACUAUGAUAAUUACUCUAGAGGCGGGAUCACGAACCCACAAAAUAAGAAGAAGGAUUAACUCGUUGAAACCAAAACGAUAAAGCUGGUUCGAUUACUGGUUCAGCUCGAAGAGCGUUGAAACGUACAUGAGGACAGAUUAGGUGGAAGAUGGAAGCGAAAAGUAAAGAUAAAGCAAAAGAAGAUAAUAGAAACGCACGGAAACUGUAUUAUGUCCUAAGAAAAGUCAUCCUAUAGAAAUCAGGAAUUCCAUAAUCCGUGGGAUAGGUGUAAAUUUAUAAUGCGAAAAAUAUUACAAAAAAAAAAACAUUUACAAAAUAAAAAUAAGAGUAGAAGCCA